AUGUCGUCAUCGCUGUGGAAUUAUCUGAGCAUAUUGGACUCGCUGAUGAGCAUGGUAACGCCCGGGAACAACAUGAGAAGCGACCGCUCGCUCUUUUACUGUCCCAAGUGUCUGCACGGCUUCACGUUGAAAAGUAACCGUAAUCGACAUUACAAGUACGAAUGCGGACACAAACCUAGAUUCCAAUGUCCUUACUGCGAGCUGAAGAGCAAGCAGACGUCCCAGAUCUACUGCCACAUACUGGAUCGUUCGUUUUGCCUAUUGUACGGAAAUUACGGGGCUGGUCCGUAUCAGGAAGCGAGCAAGUUUCACACGAUGGACGAUGUCUACGGGUCGCUUCGACGCAGAGGCAGCAAGAAAAAGAACUACACGUGCCCAAAGUGUGGGAACGGUUACACUGUUGUGAAAAGUUUGAAGCGUCACCUUCGUUACGAGUGCGGCGUCGCGCCACGAUUCAAAUGUCCGUACUGUG